AUGCAGUCCCUGCUUCGUCUUUCUUCCACUGGGACACUCCCAGCUUCCUCUUUACGGAGGGCGAGAUGUCUAUUCAACCAGUUACUGAAUUAUCGGGGUGUUAUUCCUCAACCUGUCCUACUAAAAAGCCACACAACAUCUACAGGUGAUAUUAUUAACAUUGGAGAUGUAUCCUAUACAAUAAAAGAUCCGAGAAACCCAGAACUGGUACCUCAGAGCUACAUUGCUGAUCCACUAUGCCAAGCGGUUGUCCAACAUCUAAGAUGGAUAAUGCAGAAAGACCUUCUGGGACAAGAUAUCUUCCUCAUUGGUCCCCCUGGUCCACUAAGGCGUUCCAUUGCUAUGCAGUAUUUGGAGCUAACAAAGAGAGAGAGGUGGAAUAUAUUGCUUUGUCCCGUGACACCACUGAGUCUGAUCUAAAACAGAGGAGAGAGAUACGAUCUGGAACUGCAUUUUACAUUGAUCAGUGUGCAGUGCGCGCAGCCACAAAGGGAAGAAUCUUGGUUCUGGAGGGAUUAGAGAAAGCCGAACGAAAUGUCCUGCCUGUCCUAAACAAUUUGCUGGAGAACCGGGAGAUGCAGCUCGAGGAUGGCAGGUUCCUUAUGUCUGCAGAACGUUAUGACAAACUGCUUCAGGAACACAGUAAGGAUGAGCUGGAUGCUUGGAAGAUUGUUCGUGUUAGUGAAGAUUUUCGAGUGAUUGCUUUAGGGCUACCAGUGCCCAAGUAUACUGGCAAUCCUCUUGACCCUCCACUGCGCUCUAGAUUUCAAGCCAGAGAUAUUUAUUAUUUGCCUUUUAAAGAUCAGCUUCAAAUACUCUAUUCGGCUGGAUCAAAUGUUCCGACAGAAAGGAUUUCCCAGCUUUUGUCAUUUGCUACAACUCUGUGCUCUCAAGAAUCUGCCAGCCUUGGGCUUCCAGAUUUCCCAGCAGACAACUUGACAGCAGCCAUUGGCAUUUUGAAUGCGUUUCCCAAGAUGUCCUCCCAAAGAGUGAUUGAAAGGUUGUAUCCUUAUAGUGUGUUAUUGGGGAAAGAAGGCAGGACUGCUGUGCAGGAUGCAUUAAAGAGAUUCGAACUGUCAGACUCUGGAAAGCACUCUGAUUCUCUGACAAUCAUGAAUGUAGAGCCAGUGCAGAAUUUUGAAAACCCUCAAGCAGCAGUGACUUUACGAUCAGGUGACAAGAACAUCUUAGUGGAGAUGGCCUCAGGAACCCGACCCUUGAGCUUACAUUCCAGGCUUUCUACGUUUAUUAGGACCAGUACCCACGAGCAGCUGCUGGCAGAAAUGAUGCAGUCUCACAUGGUUAAAGACAUGUGUCUGAUUGGAGGAAAGGGUUGUGGCAAAAGUGUGAUUGCUAAAGAAUUUGCUGAUAUACUUGGGUAUGAAGUGGAGCCUGUCAUGUUGUACCAGGACAUGACUGCCAGGGACUUGCUGCAGCAAAGGUACACACUUCCAAAUGGUGACACUGCCUGGCGACAAUCUCCUUUGGUUACAGCUGCCUUGGAAGGAAAGCUUGUAAUUCUUGAUGGUAUCCAUCGUGUCAAUCCAGGCACUCUAUCCAUUCUUCAGAGGCUAAUUCAUGACAGGGAGCUUACUUUGUAUGAUGGUACCAGGCUACUUCGAGGAGAUAGAUAUCAGUUUUUAAAGAAGGAACUACAAAUUUCAGAUGCUGAGCUACAAGAAAGGUCAAUCUUUCCCAUUCAUCCUUCUUUUAGAAUUGUUGCCUUGGCAGAGCCACCAGUGAUUGGCAGCAGUACUCAACAGUGGCUGGGUCCCGAGCUUCUCACUAUGUUUCUAUAUCAUGUGGUUAAACCAUCUUCCAGAAAAGAGGAAAUUCAGAUAAUGAAGGGAAUGGUGCCAAAUGUCCCAAAAGAGGCUGUGGAACAGCUAUUGACAUUAACACACAAGCUACGUGACACAAAGGACACUAAUACUCAGUCCUUAGCUUCAUCUUUAUCUACAAGACAGUUACUUCGCAUAUGCAGACGAUUAUCUCAAUACCCAGAUGAAAGUCUUUAUCAUGCUGUUAACAAGGCCUGCCUUUCAAGAUUUUUACCCAGUCUGGCACGAUCAACAUUACUGAAAUACUUAGUGGACUCGGGGAUGGAAGAAACCAGUGAGGAGUUGGAAAGGAUGGAAAACAGUGAUUAUAGCUGUGAAAUAAAAUCUGGCAUACUAAGGCUUGGAAGUGUUACUGUACCAGUAUUUAAUACAGAUGAGCAGAUGAAAGUACCAGACAUCCUGUUCUAUGAGAACCCUCAGCACAUGAGGGUCAUGGAGGACAUGCUAAAAGAUUUUCUGCUUGGUGAACAUUUAUUGCUGGUCGGAAAUCAGGGAGUUGGAAAAAAUAACAAGAUAGUUGAUCAAUUUCUUCAUUUAUUAAAUCGACCACGGGAAUAUUUACAGUUACACAGGGAUACAACUGUGCAGAGCCUAACGCUGCAGCCAUCUGUGAAAGACGGUAUAAUAGUAUAUGAAGACUCACCUCUGGUUAAGGCUGUUAAAAAAGGCCACAUCUUGGUUAUAGAUGAGGCUGACAAGGCUCCCACAAAUGUAACCUGUAUUCUGAAAACCUUGGUAGAAAGUGGAGAGAUGAUCCUGUCAGAUGGGAGACGACUUGUAGCCAAUCCAUUAGAACGGAAAGGAAGAGAUAAUGUGAUCCCUAUUCAUCCUGAUUUCAGAAUGAUUGUGCUAGCUAACAGACCUGGGUUCCCUUUUCUGGGAAAUGAUUUUUUUGGUGCUUUAGGAGAUAUAUUUAGCUGCCAUGCAGUGGAUAAUCCGCUACCACAAUCUGAGUUGGCUAUGUUGAGACAGUAUGGACCCAAUGUGCCUGAUGCCGUGCUGCAGAAAUUAGUAGCUGCCUUUGGUGAAUUGCGAACAAUGGCAGACCAAGGAAUUAUAACAUACCCUUAUUCUACCCGUGAGGUUGUCAAUAUAGUGAAACAUUUGCAGAAAUUUCCUAAUGAAGGACUGGCAAAUGUUGUUCGAAAUGUGUUUGACUUUGAUUCUUACAACCAAGAAAUGCGUGAAAUAUUGAUUAACUCCUUACAUAAGCAUGGAAUCCCAAUUGGAGCCAAACCAACCAAUGUGCAGCUUGCUAAGGAGCUGCCGCUUCCUGAUGUUAGCUUUGUUGGCCACUGGACAAUAACGCAAACUGGAAAUGCCCGUCGCAAGCUUUUGUGUCCAACAGAAACACAUCAGAUCAAUAUAAAGGGCCCAGUAUACAUCAGUGUACAGGGAUUUGCACUGGAACGUACGGAGUCUCGGUCCCUGAGCUUCACAGAAGAAAUGGCUCACUGGCGUAUUCCACUCAGUGAAGUGAAUAUUGUGUGUGAUAUCAUUGUUUCCUCAGAUACUAGUGGUGAUAGCACUGUCCAUGUGGCUACAUGUAAUCCAGUGACCUUGUAUUUUAUGAAAACUCAGGAGGAUAAAGGAUACUAUGUGGAGUUGUAUGACAUAUUUCCUAGAACUGUGGGAAGUGUGUGGCAGCCUUCUGUAACUGUGGCACCUCUAGGCCAUCCUCUAAGUGGACAGGUUAUUCUACAUGAAGAGCAGAGCAAUGUCAUUCUUCUGUUGGACACUAGCACGGGGGCACUUCAUCGAGUCUUACUUUCAGAAGAGGACACAAAACCUACAAGAAAAUCAUCCUGGUGGGGUAGUAAGGAAGCACAGAAAUAUAAAAUGUGCAGGGAUUUUUCACACAAGAAUUGGCUGGUGUUCUUUAAAGAAAAUGGCAAUUCUCUCAGUGUUCUCGAUGUCCUGGAGGGUACUGCCCACUCAAUCUCCUUACCUAUCAAUCUCGCAUCUGUUUUCCUAGUGGCAGAAGACAGGUGGCUCUUGAUUGAGAAUAAAUCUAAUAAGAAAUUUCUUCUUACCACACCUGUACACGUAGAAGCUGAGAACAAUGGAGUUUGUCAGCUGCACGCUCUAGAAGAGGAAGCAGUGAGCACAGGUUUUGGAGUAACAGCAGGCUUGGAGCCCUCCAACCCCCAUGUGAUAUCCAGUGAUCAGCUGCCACCUGAGAACCUGAGUGCAGCCAUCGGGCAGAAGAUCAAUUCUCCUAAUAGGAUUCUUUCUGAUGAGAAUAACUAUGCCUCCAUCAUUGUGGGCUUCCCAGAUCUACUGUCACCUAGUGAAGUGUACAGCUGGAAGAGGAGGUCUUCUUUGGGAAGUCAUGGAACACCUGCUGGUGAUCAGUUUUUCCAGCCGGGACGCAGUAAAUUUGGAAAUAUAAAGAAAGGUUGUGCGAGUUUAGUAGCUGCUAACCAGAUGGUGAGAGGUGUGCCAGCUGUAGAUGUGCCUUUCAAAGAUAUUUACCCUAAAGAUACAGUUCCCCCCAAUUCCACUGCAUUUUUAGAAGUUACUGACCUUAAUGCGAAGAAACUGAAGUAUAUUCCAGUUCCCAGAGCUGUAUCAGUGUCCCCGUACACAUCUUGGCUGUCGAAAAUAACAGACACAGACAUUCUGCUGGCUGCACAUGGAAACAGUGGCGUUGUCACAGUCGAUAUGGGUGGUAGCGUUAGGCUAUGGGAGACUGGACUUGAAAGUAUUCAGCGUUCUUUGCUUGAAUGGAGAAAUAUGAUUGGACAAGAUGAUGGGCGACCUGUUCAGGUAAAAUGUUACAUUUGCAGAACUGAUUGA